AUGGCAGCUGCAAAGCAAGUCGGUAAGAUGGCUUCGAAAUUGAAGGCAGUCGCGUCCAAAGUUGUUCUUCAACCUUAUUUUCAAAUGGAUAUUCCAGCUGGUCAAGCAAGUCCUGCACCACCACUUGGUCCGAUUCUUGGUCAACACUCAUUGAAUAUCGCCCAAUUUUGUAAAGAUUUCAAUGAAAGAACAAAAGACUAUAUAGAAGGCAUACCUUUGCCAUGCCACGUUUAUGUCAAACCGGAUCGAACGUAUGAAUUAGUUUUCUAUACACCAACAAUCGAGCAUCUCCUUCUUCAAGCAGCUGGUUUAAAAAAACCUGCACUAAAUAUAGGCAAAGAACCUGGUGGUCAGAUAACUGUGAAACAUAUCUAUGAAAUUGCCAAAGUGAAAAUCCAAGACGAACCUUAUCAAGGUUUAACUAUGAAAGAGAUGUGUCGUACGCUGAUUCAACAUGCUACCAAGCUUGGCAUAGAAGUUGUGAGUAAUCUCAAUGUGGAAGACCAUCGAAAGUAUAUGGAUGAACUUCGUGCUCUUCAUGAAAAACAAGCGAAAGAAGCUGAAGAAGCCCAACAAGCGAAACUCUUGCGUGGCGCUACCGCUACCGCUGCUGCGGAGAAAAGUGGCAAGAAAUAA